GUUUAUCUAUGGCUAUUUCUUUUUGACACUUUUUUAAUAUCUUGGUUAUUUUUUGUGAUAAUGAAAUUAGUAGAAUCCACCUUCGUAUUACGGAAGAACGGAUUUUGCCAUCACUCACUUUUAUAGAUUUUUUUCUCAAACGUUCGUACUACGUUACAAACUAUGAACAUGGCUAACAAAAUUCAUAAAGUAUUUGUGUAUGGAACAUUAAAGAAAGGUGAACCGAAUCAUCAUUGGCUGACAGAUAUUAAAAAUGGAGCAGCCAAUUUCGUCUCGAGAGCUACUACAAAUGAUAAAUAUCCUCUAGUAAUAGCAACAAGAUAUAACAUACCAUUUUUACUGGACAAGCCGGGAGAAGGAUACAAUGUUUCUGGAGAAAUUUAUGAGGUAGAUGACAAAAUGUUAAGUAACUUGGAUGUCUUAGAAGAUCACCCGAACCUUUACGUGCGUGAAUUAGCAGAUGUCUCAAGUGAUGAAGAUGAAAUGUUUAUUUUCAGUCGACACUCGUGUUGGAUAUAUCUAUUAAAAACAUUCCCUCCAGCUUUACUGUCUGCAUUAUUUCUUGAAAAUUAUACUAAUAAACCACCAACCCACUAUACGCACCAAGAUCCAGUAGAACAAUUGACAUCAAAGAUGAUUUGGACUAUAAGUUAG